AAACCAAAACGAAAAAAAAAAGAAAGUGCUGCUGGCUGCUGCCAACCACCCGUGGUCCCAUGAAGAGAGCAUCGCCGGAGUCGGGGACGGUGCGCCGAGAAGGAACAAAAGAAGACGGCGGCGGGGCGGAGAUGGGGAGCCCCCUGGGCGGGUGGCCGUCGUACAACCCGCACAACUUCAGCCAGCUCGUCCCUGCCGACCCCUCCGCGCAGCCCUCGAAUGUCACACCAGCCACUUAUGUUGCGACCCACAGGACAGACCCGCCACCCAAUCAAGUGAUAACAACGGAGGCCAGGAACAUCCUGCUGAGGCACUUCUACCAGAAAUCUGAGGAGAAGCUGAGGCCAAAGAGAGCUGCUCCGGACAACCUCGCUCCGGAGAACAACAACAAGCAGCCCAGGGGACCUGUGGGCGACGUCGGGGGCCAGUCAAGCGCAAGAGGCUGAAGCCACACAGCUGGUGCUGGUGCCCGUCCUCCCCUGCCUCUCAUCUCUCGGUGUCAUGCAGAUGCAGCCUGCAUCUCUCGCUCACAUGUCACAGCUGGUGGUUGUUUCUCCCCUGUGCGUCCUCUUCGCCUCUCACGUAUGUACGUAUGACCCAAAGAGCUGAGGUAUACAUACCUGGAUGGUUGGAUGGAUGUACAUAACCACCUGAGACGAGACAAAGCUCGGUGCGUGCCAUUUCACAUGGCACUAGGUGUGCUGCAGCCUCUCCUUUUCAUCCUCUACAAUGCAAAAAUAUGGAUGUGCCCAUGCUGCUAUGCUAGCUAGCC